AUGAAAUAUUUAUUUAUAUUAUUUUUUCUAUUUCUUAUUUUAAAUAAAAUUAUUGGAUUAAAUAAUAAUUCAGAAAAUACUAACAAACAAAAUAUUUUUGAUCGGAUAUUUAAUCGUCAUGGGCAUAAUUUCAAAAAUAAAACAAAGGAAUUUGAGGAUACCAAAACAAAAUGUGUUUAUUGUCAAAAUCCAACAAUUGAAUUGACUGGAGGUAAAAUUGAAGGGAGAGUUUCUUUUGUAGCUGGAAAGAAUAAACCAGCAAUUGUUUUUGAAGGAAUUCCAUUUUCUGAGCCUCCAAUUGGAAAGCUUCGGUUUUUACCUUUAAAGGAAAAAAAACCUUGGAAUGGAAUAUUAAAUGCAACUAAAUAUAGUGCUGCUUGUCUUAGUAAUACAACAAGCACUCGUUCUCCACAAAAAUAUAUUUCUGAAGAUUGUAUUUAUAUUAAUAUAUUUACUAGCCCUAAAUGUUUGGCAAAAAACCAAAAACUGCCCAAUUCUAUUUUAUAUUCAUGGUGGAGGCUUUGCUUAUGAU